UUCAGUCUAUUGAUUCAACCAGUGGAUUCAACCAGUGAGCCCAUUGGGCUUCAGUUGGAUCGCCAUGGAUCUCGUCAUGGAUCUGGACUCUGCUGCUCCAUUCUACGAGAUGCGCCUGGCCCGUGAUGGAUAUGCUUACAAGGAACAUCAGUUCAAGGACUACUACGGGAGUCGUUUCCCAAGCAUGUGGUUAGCUGCUGCGAACAUUCCCACGACUGAGAGAGUACCCAGAGGCUUGAGCAUGGCACGAGUGGAGACGUCCUUGGUGAAGAUGGCACUGGCAGAGUUGAUGCCGCACUUCCCCUCGCGGGCCGAAAGGCAGUCCAAGCGAAGCCGCUCUGCGGUGGAAGUGGGCUGGACCUACGAGGGCUCCUACGGGUACGAUGAACGCGAGGGCCAAGCCCCACGGGCCGUGCGCGCGAAGAGCUGGGACGAGUUCGUGCGGCUGAAGGAGCUGAUUGUAGAGGUGAUGCGUCGCUUGGCUCCGCAACUGUCCCUGGACGAGGAGCGGCUCAACGUGAGCUGUUUGCUUUAUUCGCCCGGGCAGUGCAUCCCUUGGCAUGCUGACAGGAAGCACAUCUACCGGAAUCCGGUCUUCGGCUGCAUCUUGUUCAACAGCUCCGACAGCGUCCUGGAGUUCCACCAGAUGGAGCCGCAGGGAAAGCCCACCGGGCGGCCCUUGGAACGGUUCCUGGUGCCCGAGGAGGCAGGCUGUUGCUUUCUACAGCAGCACGAGGCGCGCUACCAGUGGAUCCACGGAGUGCCGGAGCUUCAUCGCGGCGAGCGUCUUUCAGUGACAUGGCGCUGGUUCUUGGAUGACGUGGAGCUGGAAGGUAUGAAGCCGCAAAGGGGUGAGGAGGGCUGAGUGGGCACUGCAAGGAUGGAAGUUCAUGUAGAAUAUUGAUGAACUUUGAUGAAUAUGGUAGAAUCUUGAAUCAUCAACCUCUC